AUGAAAAGAUCAGUACCCAAGAAGUCUCAAUGGCAGGGUAAUAACAACAGAGCACUGGAAAGGCGUCCCACCCGCGUCUCGGAGCGAUCACGUAAAGUGGCCGAGCAGGAGUUGGUUGAUGCCAGUGAGCGUGUUGGACUGCUGCACUCUCAGAACACCAGCCUUCUGAACACCAAGAAAAAGUUGGAAAGUGAUCUGGUCCAGGUUCAGGGUGAGGUGGASGAUGCAGUUCAGGAAGCCAGAAAUGCUGAAGAGAAGGCCAAAAAGGCUAUCACUGAUGCUGCCAUGAUGGCUGAAGAGCUGAAGAAGGAACAGGACACCAGCGCUCACCUGGAGAGGAUGAAGAAGAACCUGGAGGUUACAGUCAAGGAUCUGCAGCACCGCCUGGAUGAGGCUGAGAACCUCGCCAUGAAGGGUGGCAAGAAGCAGCUCCAGAAACUGGAGCAGAGGGUAUGAACUGUAAUAGCUUUUAAAUAUC